UCAACGACAAACACGAAACCAACACAACCAAAUCCAGCAGUAACAGCCCCUUGCUUCGCCUACGCUUCACCUUCUCUACUUACAGCCCAAAAUUAAAAAAGAGAAAGAAAAAAAACGAAAAAAGAAACACCGAAACACAGAUGUCAUCUUCCGAUCCCGAUAAGUUGAUUGCUAAGGCCGAUAAACUAACAAAACUCAGUCUUACAAGGUGGAGUGCUGAUUGGAAAAGUGCUACUCUUUUGUACGAGCAAGCUGCUAAUGGCUUUAGGCUUGCCAAGAAGUAUGAGAAAGCUAAAGAAGCAUUCGAGAAGGCUUCUAAAGGACAGGAGAUACUCUCUUCCCCCUGGGAUGCUGCUAAGCAUAUGGAAUCUGCGGCUGCUCUAGCAAAGGAACUGCGCAACUGGAAUGAAGUUGCUGAUCUUUAUAAAAAGGCAUCUGAGCUGUACAUUGAGUGUGGGAGGUCACAACCUGCAUCAGAUGCUCUAGCAAAGGGUGCUCGUGCUCUAGAAGAUGCUGUGCCAGAUGCUGCUGUUCAAUUGUAUACUGAUUCUUGUGUUAUUCUUGAAGAGGAUGGCAAAGAACAAAUGGCCUUUGAUCUAUACCGUGCUGCUGCUAGUGUAUACAUAAAACUUGAGAAGUAUACAGAUGCUGCAGCUAUCUUGUUGAGACUGGGUGUAGCAGCUAGUAAUUGCAAUGCCACCAACAGCCAGUGCAAGGCAUAUCUUAGUGCGAUCAUCGUUUAUCUUUAUGCUCAUGAUUUCAAGCAAGCAGAACAGUGUUACAAUGAUUGCUCACAGAUUGAUGCUUUUUUGAGCAGUGACCAGAAUCGCAGUGUUAGUAAAUUGCUUUCUGCUUAUAGAGAGGGUGACAUUGAAGAAAUCAAACGUCUUGUUCAGUCUAGCACUAUUUCACAUCUUGACAAUGUGAUCAUUAAGCUUGCAAGAAAGUUACCAACUGGAGAUAUCAACGCAUUCAAGACCGAUGCUGCGAAAGAUGAAGAAGAACCAUUGGAUGAGAAUGACCUCACAUGAUUUUCCCAUCCAGUAGAGGUUUGUUACUUGUUAACACACUUUCUUUUAUUAAAUUUGUGGGUCUUUGCCUGGUAUAGAACAUCAUAUGUAUAAAAGCAUAUUAUAAUUCAAUUUAAUCUGAUGUUCAGUGUGUUAUUAUUGUCCUUUCAGUGGAUCCGAUUUGUAAAGUUUGUGUACAUUUCAUGAUCAUGUAUUUUUAAGAACAAGGAAGCUAAUAUAAAUAAAUGUUAGCUUAGAGUUGGCGGAGGGAUACA